UAACUGAAAAACCAGCCACCACUGCCGAAGAAGUAACUGGAAAACCAACCACUGCAGAAGUAGUAACUAGAAAACGAACGACCACUGAAGAAGUAGUAACUGGAAAAUCUUCUUCAGCAGAAAAGAUAGGUCAAGUAACUGCUACUGUAGUAACUACAACUGAGGAGAAAACGGAACAGACUACCACUCUAGAAAAAGAGACGGAAAUGCCUACCACUGGAGAAAAGGAGACUGUACAGCCUACCACUGGAGAAGCGAUAGGUCUAGUACCCACUAAUGCAGAACCUACGACCGCUGAGAAGACCAAACUAACAACCACUGGAGAAAAAGAGACGGAAAUGCCUACCACUAGAGAAAAGGAGACUGUACAGCCUACCACUGGAGAAACGUUAGGUCCGUAUCAAUGUACUUGUAAAGAUGAAUUCUCAGGCGAUGGAAGAACUUGCACAGAAACAACAGCUGAAUGCGAACCAGCUUGUGGUGAUGAUGAAAGAUGUUUGAAUAUCGACAAUAAAUACCAGUGUGUCUGUAAAGAAGGGUUUGAUAGAAGAAAUGAAGUAUGCAAAGAUAUUGAUGAAUGCGCCACUGAAAUCCCACCCUGUGAUGUCCAUGCGAUAUGUACCAACGUCCCUGGUUCGUUCGUUUGCCGGUGUGUCAGAGGAUACAACGGUGAUGGGAAGACGUGCACCGAUAUCGACGAAUGCACUGAGUCCAACGUUACUUGUGGUGCUGAUGCCGUGUGCGUCAACUCUCAAGGGUCCUACUACUGCUCGUGUAAUGAAGGUUAUAAGGACGUCAAUGGAAAAUGCACAGACAUAGACGAAUGUUCUUCUCCUGAGUUGAACAAGUGUCCUACCAAUGCAAGAUGUAGUAACGUUCUUGGAGGCUACUUGUGCCGCUGUUUGAAGGGAUUUGUUGGAGAUGGCAGGAUUUGCUCUGACGAAAACGAGUGCGAAGUGGGCAAACGAAAGUGUGAUAAAAACGCGGAUUGUAUUAACAGCGUUGGUUCGUUUAAUUGYCAAUGCAGGGAUGGCUUCACUGGCGAUGGAAUCACAUGUACAGAGAAAACUACUACUCCAACCUUUCCUGAAGUAACAACUGCCAAACCAACCACUGCUGCAGUAGUAACAGCAAAACCAACCACUGGUCAAGUAGUAACUGGAAAACCAACCACUGGUCAAGUAGUAACUGGAAAACCAACCACUGGUCAAGUAGUAACUGGAAAACCAACCACUGGUGAAGUAGUAACUGGAAAACCAACCACCACUGGUGAAGUGGAAACUGGAAAACCAACCACUGCUGAAGUAGUAACAGCAAAACCAACCACUGGUCAAGUAGUAACUGGAAAACCAACCACUGGUCAAGUAACAACUGGAAAACCAGACACCACUGGUCAAGUAACAACUGGAAAACCAGACACCACUGGUCAAGUAGUAACUGGAAAACCAACCACUAGUGAAGUAGUAACUGGAAAACCAACCACUAGUGAAAUAGUAACUGGAAAACCAACCACUGGUGAAGUAGUAACUGGAAAACCAGCCACGACUGGUGAAGUAGUAACUGGAAAACCAACCACUGCUGAAGUAGUAACUGGAAAACCAACCACUGRUGAAGUAGUAACUAGAAAACCAACCACUGGUAAAGUGGUAACUGGAAAACCAACAACUGCUGAAGAAGUAACAGGGAAACCAACAGCCACUGAUAAAGUAGUAACUGGAAAACCAACCACUGGUGAAGUAGUAACUGGAAAGCCAACCACUGGUGAAGUAGUAACUGGAAAACCAACCACUAGUGAAGUAGUAACUGGAAAACCAACCACUAGUGAAGUAGCAACUGGAAAACCAACCACUAGUGAAGUAGCAACUGGAAAACCAAUCACUAGUAAAGUAGUAACUGGAAAACCAACCACUGGUGAAGUAGCAACUGCAAAACCAACCACUAGUAAAGUAGUAACUGGAAAAUCAACCACUGAUGAAGUAGUAACUGGAAAACCCAGAACUGGUGAAGUAGUAACUGGAAAACCAACCACUGGUCAAGUAGUAACUGGGAAACCAUCCACUGAUGAAGUAGUUACUGGAAAACCAACCACUGGUGAAGUAGUCACUGGAAAACCAGCCACAACUGUUGAAGUAGUAACUGGAAAACCAACCACUAGUGAAGUAAUAACUGGAAGACCAACCACUGGUGAAGCAGUAACUGGAAAACCAGCCACUACUGGUGAAGUAGUAACUGGAAAACCAACCACUGGUCAAGUAGUAACUGGAAAACCAACCACUAGUGAAGUAGUAACUGGAAAAACAACCACUGGUGAAGUAGUAACUGGAAAACCAACCACAAGUGAAGUAGUAACUGGAAAAGCAAUCACCACUGAUGAAGUAGUAACUGGAAAACCAACCGCCACUGAUGAAGUAGAAACUGGAAAACCAAAAACCACUGAUGAAGUAGCAACUGUAAAACCAACUACUAGUGAAACAGUAACUGUUACAUCAAGCACCACUGCUGAUUUAGCAACUGGGAAACCAACCACUGCAGAAGGAGUAACUGUAAAACCAACCACUUCUGAAGAAGUAGUAACUGGAAAAUUGACUACAGCAGAAACGAUAGGUCCAGUAACUGCUACUGUAGUAACUACAACUGUGGAGAAGACUAAACAGCCUACCACUGGAGAAGAGGACACUGAACAGCCUACMACUGAAGAAAAGAUAGGUCCAGUACCCUCUACUGCAGAACCUACAACUGGUGAGAAGGUCGAACUGCCAACCACUGGAGAAGACACUGAACAGCCUACCACCGGAGAAAAAUUAGUUCCAGUAACCGGUACUGUAGCACCUACAGCUGGUGAGAAGACUGAACAUUCUACACCUGGAACAGAAGACACUGUACAGCCCACCACUGGAGAAAAAGAGACUGAACAGCCUACCACUGGAGAAGAGGAGACUAAACAGCCUACAACAAUUGUAGAAAUUACUCCGAAGACGGGAAUUCUUACCGAAAUAACACAAACUCCGCGCCCUCAGAUAAAGAUAACCACAUCCACCGUCACUGAAGACAAACGAACUGGCAAACCAACAACUGGURAAGWAGUAACUGGAAAACCAACCACUGGGAAAGUAGUUACUGUAAAACAUACCACUAGUGAAGUAGCAACUGGAAAACCAACCACUGAUCAAGUAGUAACUGGAAAACCAACCACCACUGAUGAAGUAGGAACUGGAAAAGCAACCACUGGUGAAGUAGCAACUGGAAAACCAACCACCACUGCUGAAGAAGUAACUGGAAAACCAACCACUGAUGAAGUAGUAACUGGAAGAUCACCCACCGCUGAAGUUGUAACUGGAAAACCAGCCACUACUGCUGAAUCAGUAACAGCAAAACCAACCAGUGCUGAAGUAGUAACUGGAAAAAAAAACACCACUGAUGAAGUAGUAACUGGAAAACCAACCCAUACUGCUGAAUCAGUAACAGCAAAACCAACCAGUGCUGAAGUAGUAACUGGAAAACCAAACACUACUGAUGAAGUAGUAACUGGAAAACCAAACACUACUGAUGAAGUAGUAACUGGAAAACCAACCACCACUGCUGGAAAACCAACUACUGGUGAAGCGGUUUUGCCUGUGAACUUCUGUACUGAAGGGAAACAUGAUUGUCAUCCGAACGCUGAUUGUUUCGUUCACGAUAAUGGUUAUGUUUGCCGUUGCAAAGAGGGUUUUGUUGGAAAUGGAACUCAAUGCCAAGAUGAAGAUGAAUGCGAGAAACUUACCAAUAACUGUGAUGAAAAUGCGAAUUGCAUGAACACUUUAGGAUCGUUUCGCUGUAGCUGUAAAGAUGGUUACUCUGGUAACGGCAAUGUUUGCAAAGACAUUAAUGAGUGCGAAGGUAUAGAAAAAGACUGCCAUCCAAAUGCAACCUGCAUCAAUACUGAAGGAUCCUACAAAUGUCAAUGUAAACAGGGAUUCAUAGGUGAUGGAGAAGUUUGUAAAGUCGAAGGCGUGUGCCCUCAAGGAUGUGACGUCAAUGCUGAUUGCGUUUUGGUGGAUGACAAAAGUCAGUGUAUAUGUAGAAGAGGAUACAGAGGAAAUGGAAUUACUUGCACAGAUAUCGACGAAUGUACUGAUGAGAAUGAUUGCCAUCCCGAUGCGUUGUGCACUAACACAGAUGGUUCAUACGUUUGCCGAUGUAUGAAAGGUUACACUGGAAACGGCAAGACCUGUACAGAUAUUGAUGAAUGUUUGGAUGAUACGCGUGUAUGUACAAGCAAUUCGCUCUGCACUAAUUUCAAAGGUUCUUAUAUGUGUCGUUGUCUGAAGGGCUUCAAAAGAAAUGGAGAGACUUGCGAAGAUGUAAACGAGUGCGAUUUUGACGUUUGUGGUAAAAAUGCAUUGUGUACCAACACGAAUGGCUCGUACGUCUGUCACUGCAGAAAAGGCUUUGAAGGGAACGGACAAUUCUGUACAGACAAAGAUGAAUGCGUACUUGAAGAGCAUGAUUGUUCCGAGCUAGCUGAUUGUAUCAAUACAGAAGGCUCGUUUGCCUGUCAGUGUAUUGCUGGAUACGAAGGCGAUGGAAGGAACUGUACAGAUGUCAAUGAAUGUGAAAAAGGAACGCACAACUGUAACGAAAAUGCAUUAUGCUCAAAUAAUGAAGGUUCAUAUAUUUGCCAAUGCUUGCCUGGUUUCAUUGGUGAUGGAAUAACUUGCGUUGACAUGAUGACCACGUGUAUGCCAGAGUGCGGCGAAAAUGCCGUGUGCCAACUUCAAGAAGGUCGUCCACAGUGUGUCUGUAAACAAGGAUUUCAAGGUCCUAACUGUAUUGACAUUGAUGAGUGUACGAAUAGAGACAACGACUGCAGUCCUAAUGCUCUUUGUACUAACAUUCCUGGUUCGUAUGUAUGUGGACGAAUGCAAGACCAAAGAAUACAAAUGUAAUGAGAACGAAGUCUGUGUAAACACCCAGGGCUCAUACAAGUGCGCAUGCGCUAAUGGCUACAAACUAAGCGAUAAUGGAACUUGCAUAGACAUUAACGAAUGCAGAGAUGAUUCUCAUAACUGCCAUGUGAAUGCUCUUUGUACCAAUACCGUUGGUUCGCAUUUUUGCCGAUGUAUGCGCGGUUUCUUUGGAGACGGACGAAAAUGUAUUGAUGUGGACGAAUGUUCUUCUAUCAACAAUUGUGACAUCAACGCUGUUUGCACCAACACUGAAGGUUCUUAUCAAUGUACUUGUAAAGAUGGAUUCAGAGGCGAUGGAAGGACUUGCACAGAAAUCCUAACACCUUGCAAACCCGGUUGUGCUGAAAAUGAAAAUUGCGUCAAUGUAAACAAUGUGUUCCAAUGUUUAUGUAAGGAAGGUUAUGACAAGAAGAACGGGAAAUGCCAAGAUAUCGAUGAAUGUGCUGACCAAAUAUUAAAUGACUGUGAUCAGAAGGCCACAUGCAACAAUACUGGUGGAAGCUUCGUCUGUAAAUGCAUGACAGGCUACAUCGGUGAUGGAAAACUUUGCUCUGACAAAAAUGAGUGUUUUGAAGGCGAAGACGAUUGUGACCUCAAUGCUGAUUGUGUGAACACCGAGGGAUCCUACACUUGUAACUGCAUGAAGGGUUUCACUGGAGAUGGCCGACGUUGCACAGAUGUGGACGAAUGCAAGGAAAAUCUCGAUGACCGUUGUAAUGGGAACGCUAUUUGCAUCAACACGGAAGGAUCAUACGCAUGUGAAUGUCUUCCUGGAUAUGAAGGAGAUGGCGAGUACUGCGAAGCGGAGGGGAUUCUUGGAUACUUCAAUGUGACACAUAUCAACAACAACAUUGCUAUUGGUUGUGGCAAGAAGGAGAUGAUGAUCAUCGUGCGUCAGAUGUUCUUUAUGGGCAUGCAACGAGAAGACUUAAACUUAAUCGAUCCCAAAUGCAAGCCCAAGCAAAAUGGCACCCACUUUAUCUUCUCUACGGGUCUCACGGAGUGCGGCACAGAAAUGACCCAGACACCUCAUGCCUUCGUGUACAAGAACGUCAUACGCGAGCGACCACCGAAUCCUAACAGCAUGAUUACUCGAUUACAUGACAUCCAAGUACCUUUCCGAUGUUUCUACACAAGACGAGGUGCCACUUCUGCUCUUGCUCUUGAGCCGAGUCGAAAAGUUAUCCGAGCCAACGCCAGUGACACGGGAAUGUUUGCAUUGAAUAUGGCUGUCUUCAAGGACUUCAGUUACUCCGUGCCUUACCCAGAACAGGAUUUUCCAAUUCCAGUGAUGGUUAAUCGUAGGAUUUACUUCCAGCUAAGUGUGCAGUCAAUGGACAACAGACUUGCUGUGACAGCUGAUCGUUGUCACGCAACGCCAGAUCCUAAUCGUAACAAUAGGAUUCAAUACGAUCUGAUACGUAAUGGCUGCCCUGUCGAUCGAACAAUCAUCUACCACAAAACAGACCUGAAACAAGUCCACCGAUUCAGCCUCAAAGCCUUCCAGUUCGUCAAUGUCAAGGACCCUACCUAUGCCUACAUUCAUUGCACAGUCGUAGUAUGCAAUGUGUCUGAUGCCAAUUCUCUUUGUAAUAAAGACUGUAAGAUUGAAUCCCAAGCUCGGAGACAUAGACGGUCUGUCAGUUAUAGUCGUCCUGUCCACGUUGAUGUUCUAUCUCAAGGACCUAUGAUCAAGCCUGAACCAAGAAACACUAAGGAUCUUCUACCAUCCUUUCUUGCUAUCGCUACAACCCUGGCCAUCAUAGGCUUCACUAUCCUCAUAGUCGCAGUUAUCAUCCUACGAAAAAAGACCCAUCGUCAACCGGACCAAGAACAUCAACACCAGCAUCACGAAACAGGCCAGGGUAAAAGUAUAGCUGCAAGUGUUUAACAAAGGGUUUAUUCUUUCUUAUAUUUGCAAGUACAGUUAAACUGGGAAUUGAGGAAACAGAGCGAUUUUAUUUAACCCGUGAAAGAAAAAUAACUAUUUAGGUAGUACUAGUUGAUUAAAAAAAACAAACAAUGGGUUUAGUGUCUACUAUUUUUUCACGGGUUUAAUAUAAUCACUCAAUUGGAGAUAGCUUUAUGCUAUGAGCAAUUAUUGUAUGCAGAGAAUAUUGAAUUAUUAGCAAUUUAAUUUUUACAAGAAAAAGCAUAUCAUGUUCGGUUAUUCUGACAAGCUGAGGUCAACGGAUUUAUCGUUAUUCUCAAGUGCGUAAAGCAAGGCUGUGAUAAUAUCGUAUAGUAUAUUCAAGUUAUCGGGGUUAGAAUUGAUAGAAGCUUUCGGGAUUAACCGCCAUUUGCUAUUUGCUAAAGACAGCAUGAUCCGUCUGUCAAUUAAUUCAUUUAGACUACAACAUUCAUGUUUAAGAGGCAUGGCAAACAAAAAUAUGGCUUUACAGUUUUAGGUUUUUGCGCUAAAAAUGGGAUUAAAAGGGCUGGCACUCUAAGAUAGGUUUAACUUGGAAUGGGAAAUAGAAUGGGAUUUUUUCCAAAAUACAUUAGGUAAUCGAAACUAAAAAAAUGGACAGACCUACCUGGCCCCUUCAUCUGGACCUUGACAAUAUAUCGCCUCAUCUCUAUAUAGUACUGUUUAACUAAUGACCGUUCCUUCAAAAAGAAUACAUGGGACAAAAACAAGUGUCUGUGAAGCGAAGUUCGACUAUAUUUCAUAAAAACUUCUAAAAUUAUUAUAAGUUGGACAUGCUUCUUACCCAUCGGUGUCUUUGAACCUGUAGAGGGAGAUAUUUCUUGAGGCCAGAUAUAGGAGAAAUAUAAGGAAAUGCUUGUUGAAAUCUUUCUAUCCUUGGAGAGAUAUUUGCAAUAGUGGCGGAUAUAAUCAAAAGGGGAAUGCACAUAUGCAUACCACACGACAAUCAAUAUAUAACAUAGCACAACACCACACCACACAACACAACACAGACAUAAAUACUAUGACUAACUGUAUUAAUGUUUUAUAGAACUAGUUUGGCUUUUUUGUAUAUGCUGCCUUUGCUAUCAAGAAUAAAAUAAUAUUAGAUUAUA